GCGAGUAGUGGUUGUUUCUGUGUAUAAUGUGGCGAGGCUUUAGAGUGUACAGUGGGAUCUGCCCGGACCCUGAGUGUCGCACAAAACUUUAUUUUCCAUCUUAUGCUUCUUCGAGUGUAGAGUGUACAGGAUGCGGGCAACACCACGCGAAAGACAGCCUAUUCAACUUAGAAGAUAUCCAAGACCCAGAGAUUGCUCUUCGCAGUCUUCUGCGUUCAGUGUUACUUGGUCAUACAUCCUCUAAGACAACACCAGAUCUGGUGAAGGUUAAGGGAUAUUCAAACUAUCACUGUAAACUCUUGUCACCGCUGUUGACGACUUAUGGUAUGGAUAAACGAACCGGUGAAGGAAAACUGUUGAGGGAAAUGGGACAAGGAGACAUCUUCGAUUGCGCUCUGCUUGGAGAUCGCGCAUUUCAAAUUGAAUUAGAACACGUGGACACAGCUGGCUAUGGACGGGAUAAUACAGGAUCACAGUCAUAUCUCGAGCAAACAUUACAGGCCAUUAAAGUUGUCAAUGAUAACGAAGAACGACUUGUCCCAGUUCAUGUUGAUGGGGACGGCCAUUGUUUGGUUCAUGCCAUCUCUCGCGCCCUUGUUGGAAGAGAAAUCUUCUGGCACGCACUCAGAGCAAACCUAAAGAGGCAUUUGCAAACGGAAUUGCACAAAUACAAAGGGUUGUUUAGAGACUUCAUCCAUGAUGAUGAAUGGAAGGAUAUUAUUGCUGAGGCUGACCCUUAUUUUGAACCCCCUCCAACCUCUGCCGAAGGGCUGGGGUUAAGAAACAUUCAUCUCUUUGGCCUUGCGAAUGUGCUGCACAGGCCUAUCAUUCUCCUUGACAGUGUCACAGGAAUGCAAUCUAGUGGUGAUUACACUGGAAUAUUUCUUCCUGCUUUGAUCCCAGAAGACUUGUGCAGAAGCAAAGACAACUUGCUCAACAAACCACUGGCAGUUGCUUGGAGUAGCCCAGGACGUAAUCAUUUCAUUCCUCUUGUUGGAAUAAAAGGAAGACCUUUGCCCAGGCUUCCACAUUGGUUGAUUCCUAAGGCCUGGGGUAUACCCAAUGAGGUGGUCAAGACGUAUGUUGAAUUUGACAAAGAUGGUCACUGUCUCAUUGGUGGAGAUCGCUGCCUUCAAGAAAAAUAUAUACAAAGACUUGUUAAAGCAAUGGAUGAACUUUUUGUGAAAAAAAACAAUAUUAGUGCACAGCUGGUCACUGAAGUGCACCAAUUUGUUUACAAACCAUCUGGAAUGGUGGGUGUUAAACCAGAAAAUGUUACUGUGGCAGCCAAAUCAGCUAUUGCUGAUGGUCGUCUCCAUCGAUGUCUGUCUUGCAAUGCAUUGUGUGAAGUACAUUUUGAUGUUUCCUCUGAUGAUCUUAAACCAGGAGGAGAACUCUAUGAAAUAGCUGUAAAAACUCAUGGACCCCUAGAGGAAGGCCUUAGCUAUUCUUUUCCUGCUUAUGAACUGGUUUGUGUUUUUGAUGCAGAACGGAACUCAUUGGUGGCAGUUAAAUACAAGAAUUCGACUUUGCUUGAGUGCCAUCUCUGCCAUGGCCCCUUGCGCCGAGUCAAGUCAGAUGGAACUGCAGUCUACGUUAAUGGUGAUCGCACAACAACACCGGUCGAAGGUAACAGUCGCUGUGGAUGUGGAUUCAAGCAUUUCUGGAAUGGAAGGGAAUAUGAUAACAACCCUGAGAGUUUCCCAAUAAGCUUGGAGUGGAAUGGGACAACUGUGAAAGACACUGUGUUUUGGUUCCAAUAUGAACUGGACCCAUCUCUCAAUUCCAAUGUGUAUGAUGUUGCAUCAAAGCUGGUGCAGAAACACUUUCCUGGUGAAUUUGGCAGUGAGAGACUUGUACAGAAAGUGGUAGACAUAAUUUUGCGACAAACGGCAAGAAAGGAAGGAGAAAACAAAGGAGCACGGCCUUCCAUUACUUCACAAAAUGCCUCUGGCGCAAACAGUGAUCAAGAUGUCAGCAGUGUUAGCUCCUACUCACCAAGUAAGAUUAUUCUGACUGGAGAAAAGAAGAAGACUUUUCAUAAAGAAGAACUAACCAUGAGCGACACAGAGAGAGUGUUAAAGACACGUACAGAACACCAUGCUUCUGUUAUGCAGAAGAGAAGAAGUGGAGAAGGCACAAAGAAAACGGCAAACAAAGAAGCUAAAGUGCAAAAACAGCAGACAAGUGUCAAACCUCAACAAUCUGCCCAGCAAACAAGCCCUGCUAAAGGGAACGAGACCCAACCAGUUGUGAAACGAACAGAGAAGAAAGUGCGACUGUCCACAUCAGAUGGAAAACAGAGCAUGUUGACACUUGCCAUGGACACGACUUUCCAACAGCUUCUACUUUUGAUUGAAAAAGAACUUGGUAUUCCUCACACAGAGCUGCGAAUCAGGUAUGGAUUUCCACCCCGUGAACUGCACCCUCCUGAUGAAGGUCAUGUGGAUGACCCUGUUCCCUUGCAGCAUGGUGACCGUGUGAUGGUGGAACACUUAAAGCCUGUUGUCCCUGAGGAGCACCCUCCUGAUGUUGUUAUGUCAGAAGUAAAAAACGAGGGGGGUGAGGGAGUUACACCUACAACAAGAGAGAUUGGGGAAGAAGGACAGGCACAAGCUGAAAACACAGCUGCCAUGGCAUCAGCCCUUGUGGCUCUUGGUACACUCGCUGGUGGUGAUAUGUGGGAAGCAGUACAGAACUGUUAUGAAAUGUUUGACAAAGGAGGGUAUUUUUAUAACAAGGUCAUGAAUGAUCUGGGUCAGCUUAAGCCAAAUCAACAUUGUACUUUAUCCUUCUUUCCAAACAAGGUGUUUGCUUACAAUGCUGAAAAAGAUCGAUUGGACCUGUGUCUUGGUAAACGGCACAUCCAAGUGCAACCACUGGACGACGAAACAUUAUUGCAGGCUCACUCUCGUUCAAGUCAAGCACCUGUAGAGGAAACGAGCAGCAGCAGUGGUACGGGUGGGAAGGGUCUGUUUAGCGAGGCAAGCUUCAGUGGCGCCAUUGCACCAAGAGAUACAUCCCAUGCUCGGAUGGCAUUUUCAGGCCAGGGACGGACUCUUGCUGGUGCGCAAUCAGCUCAGAAACAAACUGCUGAGACAUCUCCAUCAAGGAUCCUACUGACCGAUCCCCGAUCUUCUCAGACAAACACCUCUAGCUCUACUACUGUGUUGGAACAACAGCAACCGCGACCCGGGCAAGGGGAGAAUGUUAAAGAUGUGGAAGAAGAAACAAAUCUGCCUUCAGAGGCCAUGGACACCCAGGGAGAUGUGGAAAAGGAGGAAAAUAUGCAAGAAAUGCUUGUGGAGAGUCCUGCUGCAGCACAGGAUGCUAUUGAUGUGGAUCAGCCACAAGUAGAACAAGAAAGCACUACACAGCUUAGGAGUGAUGGAAGGGUCGAAAGAGUAGAGGUGAACAUGGCUUUACCGAAAACAGAUGAAGUGAGCGGAACGGUAGAGGAAGCGGAAAUGACGCGCGUGACAGCUGAUGAAACAGAGGUGGUGCGCGUUACAGACCAGGAAAACGAAAAUAUGGAAACAAAUCAAGAUGUAAGUCACAUUGAAAGCAACCAAAGUAAGAUUAAGAGUAAUGUUGAUGAUGUCAAUACUCUUACUAAUGAAUUAGCAAACAUUUCGGGGCAAGGAGACGACUCUAAACGUACAGAACCUGUUUCUGAAUCGAUGGAAACUGAUCAGCUUAACCCAGAAAAAUAUUGCAUGACUAGCGAAGGCAUGACAGCUACGUCAGAUGAAGCGCAAGGCGAGGAGGAAAUCAGAGGUUCAGAGCAAGAUGACGUAACAGUUGAUCCCAUGAGUCCUGAGCCUAGUGACGUCACAAUGGUGCGUGUAUCUGUUGCCACAGAGAUCGAGGCACCAACAGAAAAUAGUGACACAAGGUUUGUAUCAACACAUGAUGUGACGGAAGGUGAUACACCUCCGGUUGCUCAGGAAUCGGAAGUUUCGCCGUUUAUUAUUGCGUCAAAUCAACAAGCAGAUGUUAUGCAAAGUGGAAAAUCAGUCGUAAUGAACAGUGAAACAGCUGCUGGAAAAGAUGGUGUUAAAGCUUCAAUACAAGAGGAAAAAUCUUCCAAUGAUCAAGGAGUGGCUGCUGAACUUGCAGCAGAUACUAAUGUAGAAAAGUAACUUAGAUUGUUGCUAUGAUAGUAAAAUAGUGCCGCAGGAGUUCCCUUGGAAAGGAUAAGCGUUCCGGCUUAGAAAUAAAAGCUCUUGGCUGAAGGAAUUAGAACUAGGUUUCUCAUAGAGUAGGCGUAUGAGGCAGCGUAGAAAUCCCGAAUAAUUCGGAUUCAGUAGUUUGAAUUUACCGUGGCUCUCCAUUUGUCUUUGCCACUUUGCAAGAGCUAUUUCCGCUUAUGUGCUCUGGGAGUGUGAUUUUUUUGGAAAGGUUUAUCUCUACAAUGCUUUGUGAUCCACUUAAAUGUAUGCUGAACACUACUGAAUCGUUACAUAAAUUUCGAUAGUAGGAGUUUUGUUGAGGUGGAGAUAUUAUCACCUAACAUAUAGAUGUAUCCAACAGGUCAUUCAAUGCCAGUUACAUUCCUCAGUAUUAACGAAGUAAAGAGGAAUUACAAGCACAAUUACAACACACGUAUAAAGCCAUAGGUAGUUAUCUUUGUGAACAAGCUUUGUUAAGUAUUAGGGGCGCUUUCCAUCCAACAAAGUUCCUUUCCCUGAGCUGAGGGAGAUCUUGAUGGCCAAAGAGAGCAGGUCCAAGAACUUUUAAAUCAUUCGUUUCAAGACAGUAGCCGAAAAAACUAGCACCAAGAAAAAAUCCAAUGGAAAAAUAUUUCCGAAAAUUUUUUAUUCCCGGAAACGAGCAAUGCGCCAUACGUUUUCCUGAAUUUUCAUAAAAUUAUGCCGAAAUCUUUCUUGUUCCCUUGAAUUUCGGGCCGGGCGCAUCAAAUUUUUGGCCGGAUGGAAAGCGAUCGAGCUCCUUAAACUUAGCCGCAGUGCUCCUUACGGGGGUGGUGAAGGUCCAUUGAGACCCACACUUCAUCCUCCCUCUCCACCCGCUUCUCAUUAUAUGGAACUUAAGUCAACGUCAAUUGUUUUGGAGACAAAAGCACUAUAUUUUUACAUCUUUUAAUCUUGAAUGAUGGGAAUAUCCAGUUGAUACCAGUGGAUUCACGUGAUUAUGUAGGUUUUUUCAGAAGAUAGACCUGUCGUAAGUUAUUGCUCUGAAAAAUCUGUGGACUUAAACUGCAAGCUUAGUAACUUCCAGUCUCCUACUUUCGGUUACCAACUUACGACGUAGCUGGAUAGAACUUUGAAUUUACGAUCAUUUCAACGAGCAAAUAUAUGGAAAUAAGAAGUGGCUCGAUGAUAAAAACGAUCAACUCUUUAAACAAGUAAAGGUUACCUUAAGAGAAAUUUUAUAAGGGUCAUUAAAAAAACAGCUUUAAGUUGUGAUUGAGAAAGAGA